CUUAGGCGGAGAGAAAAAAGUGUCCUAGUGGGAGGGAAACAACAUGGAAAAAAACAACGGGGAACUACAUAACAGAACCAGCACAUCACAGCAAACCGACAACAAGCACGAUAACUCGUACAGGACCAUAGUAGCGAGAUGCAAAUUAAAGUGAAGACAUUGACGGGGAAAGAGAUUCCAAUUGACGUUGAACCAACCGAUAAAAUCCUACGUAUCAAAGAGAUCCUGGAGGAGAAGGAAGGCAUUCCUCCUUCACAGCAGAGGCUCAUCUACACGGGAAAGCACAUGAACGACGAACAAACAGUUGAGGAACACAGGCUCGAGCCAGGCGCACAGCUUCAUUUGGUGUUGACCCUUCGUGGUGGGUGCUGAGGCCCUGGUGGGUGCUGAUUAUGUAAUCACUGUGUAGCGGCAACUAUCACCAACAUUGGGAAAAUUUAUAUAUCAACUUUUCUCUGUUU